CACUUCCCCCUGCGUACGUACAUGUGGUGCCUAAAAGCCUUUUUCGAGCGGCUCCAAGCGAUCCAAGACGGGCACUUGUCCAGAAAAAAAAGCUCAAGACAAGCGUCACCACACAAAGAGCGACCCACCAAAUCCCAACUCAACGACGAGACAAAACAGAGUUAAUCAAUCGUAUAGAACCAUGGAGAGACGCCCAUCACUAGUAGCCAUGGUCGUGGUGGCCAUGCUGUCGCUGAGCUCGUGCUGCUGCUGCGCGUCGUCGUCCGCGGGCGGCGGGCAGCAGCUGCACCCGGUGAUACUGAUCCCGGGGUCCGGCGGCAACCAACUGGAGGCGAAGCUGACGGAGGAGUACAGCCCGUCGAGCCUGGCGUGCCGGGUGUGGCCGCUGGUGCGCGGCCGGGGCGGCUGGUUCCGCCUGUGGUUCGACCCCUCCGUCCUGGUUGCGCCCCUCACCCGGUGCUUCGCCGAGCGCAUGAUGCUCUACUACGACAUCGCCGCCGACGACUACCGCAACGCGCCGGGCGUCGAGACCCGGGUCUCCGACUUCGGCUCCACCUCCUCCCUCCGCUACCUCGACCCAAACCUCAAGCUGCUGACGGGGUACAUGGACGCGCUGGCGAGCACGCUGGAGAAGGCGGCAGGGUACGAGGAAGGGCGGGACCUGUUCGGCGCGCCGUACGACUUCCGUUACGGUCUCGCCGCGCCGGGGCACCCGUCGCAGGCCGGCAGCGCGUACCUGGAACGCCUCAGGCUUCUGGUAGAAUCCGCGUGCGCGGCCAACGGCGGCAAACCCGCGAUCCUGCUAGCGCACAGCCUGGGCGGGCUCUACGCGCUGCAGCUCCUAGCGCGCAGCCCGGCCCCCUGGCGGGCCGCGCACGUGAAGCGGCUGGUGACGCUGUCGGCGCCCUGGGGCGGCUCCGUGCAGGAGAUGCUCACCUUCGCGUCCGGGAACACGCUGGGCGUGCCGUUCGUGGACGCGUCCAUCAUCCGCGACGAGCAGCGGAGCUCCGAGAGCAACCUCUGGCUGCUGCCCACGCCGAAGGUGUUCGGCAACACGACGCUCGUGGUGUCCGAGUUCCACAACCGGUCCUACUCGGCCAAGAACGUAACGCAGUUCCUGCGGGACAUCGGGUUCGAGGGCGGCGUGGAGCCCUACAGGGCCAGGAUACGGCCGCUCGGGGAAGCCCUGCCGGAGCCCGGGGUGCCCGUCACGUGCCUCGUGGGCACCGGCGUGGACACCGUGGAGAGCCUCGUGUUUGGGAAGGAAGGGUUCGAGGCCGGCCCGGUGAAAGUGGCGUAUGGGGAUGGGGAUGGGACGGUGAACCUUGCUAGCCUUGUCGGGCCGAUCAAGGCGUGGGCUGACUCGCCGGCGCAGGUGCUCGAGGUUGUGGAGCUGCCCGGGGUGUCGCACUCGGGCAUCCUCAAGGACAAGAGCGCGCUCCAGCAGAUCGUCAGGAUUGUCGAUGCCAUCAAUCUCAACACCACGGGCUCGAACUAUCUGCGGUCGUUUUAAUUGGAUUUUUUUUUUCUUCGGCAGUAGUUUUUGCUGGGAAGAAAAUGUUGAGGUUUGCUAACUAGUAGCGGUUUCCACUAAUUUGGACUUCGAUCUGAUCAGUGCAUGUUUUCUUGCACGUUGACGAAUUGUUGUUUUCUAAAAGAAAAAUAAGAGACAUUUUGUAUCGGUGAAAUUAAAACUUUAGAGAUGUGAGUUCAUUGCCCAA